UUAGACGAUACAGCUUGGAAAGAAACUCGGAGCAAAAACAACCACGUUGUUGCAAGACGUUUUGAGGAUUGAGCAAAGCAUCUGGAAUUAUCAGAAAACUUGCAUGGAUAUGCUUACAUCGAUUUCUGUGAACGAUGACGCCAUGAAGAGAUGGAUCUUGUACCUAGAAAUUCAAGCACAGCAGCAGUACGAAGAACAAUUUAGACACUUAAAGGCAUUGUUUUCAAGCUGCUCGCCGUCGUUAGCUGAUUUCACUUGUGCAAUCUGUUUGUCUAUUUAUCACGACCCGACCAAGCUUCCAAGUUGUUCUCACAACUUUUGCAGGUCUUGCUUGGACCAGUGCCCUCCGCUAAGAAAGACGUGGGCCCCCGAUCAACCCCGAGCAUGUCCACUGUGCCGCACCCCAUUUUUACUAUCACAGUGCUGUGACGACACUGAAGUUGCCAAGGCACUGAAAGCGUUCUUUCCCAAGCAACUGAAAAAAAAGCAAAAGGAAUAUAGCAAAGAGCGUGUGCGUGAACGAUGGCAGCGGUUUUUGCGUGGAACCGUGUAUACAUCGUCUGGCGACACUCUAUAUACCAUCACCGGCUCUGUCAUCAUCGCAUGGCAUGAAAAUCCUGAAAGUGUAGACAGUGACCAAAGGGCUAGAGCUGAAAUUAUGAGCUUUGUGGCCUGGCCAUUCUAGUGGUGCAUUUUUAGCGUGUAAAAUUUUGUAGCAACAUCUCUCAUAUUAAUGAUAAAAAGAAAAAGUGUUCCCGGCAGAUUUUGUUUCCAGCGGGUCUUA